AUGAGCCUAUGUGGCAGGAAGGCGCUGACGUUGCUGAGCAGCGUGUUCGCUGUUUGCGGCCUGGGCCUGUUGGGGAUCGCCGUCAGCACCGACUACUGGCUCUACCUGGAGGAGGGAGUCAUCCUUCCGCUCAACCAGAGCACCGAGAUACGCAUGUCCCUCCACUCUGGACUCUGGAGGGUUUGCUUCUUGGCUGGGGAUGAGAAAGGACGGUGUUUUACCAUUGAGUAUGUGAUGCCGACUAACGUCCAGAUGACCUCUGAGUCCACUGUUAGUGUUCUCAAGAUGAUUCGCUCUGCCACGCCCUUUCCCCUGGUCAGCCUCUUCUUCAUGUUCAUCGGUUUCGUACUCAGCAACAUCGGCCACAUUCGACCGCAUCGCACCAUCCUGGCCUUUGUUUCUGGGAUCUUCUUCAUCCUGUCAGGCCUGUCGCUGGUUGUUGGUCUGGUGUUGUACAUCUCCAACAUCAAUGAUGAAAUGUUGAACAGAACCAAAACUAACGAAGCCUACUUCAGCUACAAGUACGGAUGGUCGUUUGCCUUUGCUGCCAUCUCAUUCCUGCUCACGGAGACGGCGGGCGUCAUGUCAGUGUACCUGUUCAUGAAGCGCUACACAGCAGAGGAAAUGUACAGGCCCCAUCAAGGCUUCUACCGGCCUCGCCUCAGCAACUGCUCAGACUACUCCGGCCAGUUCCUCCAUCCAGAUGCGUGGGCCGGACGUGGACGCAGUCCCUCCUCCAUCUCCUCCGAGGCCUCCCUCCAGAUGAACUCCUCGCACUAUCCUGCUCUUCUCAAGUGUCCAGAGUACGAACAAAUGUCCUCCUCACCCUGCUGA